AUGCCCAAGCACAUCGCCAUCGUUGGAGCAGGACCAUCUGGUCUAAGCCUCGCAGCUCUGCUGCAGCAUCACUCGAUCCCCUUUACCAUUUUCGAGCGAGAAAAGUCCACUAGCUCUCGAUUCCAAGGUGGUUCUCUCGACCUUCAUCCAGAGUCUGGCCAAGCAGCGUUGUUCGAAGCUGGUCUUGAGGAGCAGUUCAAAAAGUACGCGCGCUAUCAUGAUCAAGACUACCGUUUUGGCGAUAAAAAGGCCGUUGCUUGGUUAUUCCACAAAGCAACUGCUGAUGCGGUUGGACGUCCGGAAAUAGACCGUGCAAAGCUUCGCAAGAUUCUUAUUGAGUCGCUCGACCCGGAGAAUAUCAAGUGGGAUCAUCGACUCUCAGAAAUUGUUCCGCAAGAGGACGGCAGGGUUAAGUUGGUUUUUGAGAACCGACCUGAGCCUGUUGUGACUGACCUUCUUGUUGGGGCUGAUGGAACCUGGUCCAAAGUACGACCGCUUCUGACGAGUUGGACGCCUGAGUACACUGGCCUUACAGUCAUCGACUGCCGUGUGUCCGAUGUGGACAAGAGAUUCCCAGAACUUGGAGAGUUUAUCGGCCGUGGUACUUCAUUCUUCCUUUCCGAAGGCAGUGGUAUUUUCAUCCAGCGCAACGGGGAUGGCAGCGUGAGAGUAUAUCCAUGCCUUCGAGUCGAAGAGAACUGGCACUCAAAGGACCCCUCCUACGACUGGAAUGAUGCGAAGAAAAUGACUGGGUAUCUGAUCGAUAACUUCUUUUCGACUUGGGAUUCGCGUCUCCAAGAUGUCAUUCGCAAUGUCGAUACAAACAUGACGCCCCGGGCUCAAUAUCGCAUGCCCUUGGGUCUUCGCUACGACCACCACACGGGACUGACACUGAUAGGAGAUUCUCUACAUGUGAUGUCAUGGUUCGCCGGAGAGGGUGCGAACCUGGCUAUGCUGGAUGCCUUAGACCUCUUCCAUGAAAUUCAGGCAAGCCCUGAUGAUUUGGAUUUGGCUGUUCGCCGUUAUGAAGAAAAGGUGGUGGCUACGGCCCGAGCGGAUAACACGAAUGAAAUGUCGCAGGACCUGCUUGUUAAGGCUAUGUCAGAUGAUGCUCCUCGGGCGUAUGUUGAAGGAAUGGCAAAGGCGAUGGAUGUUUGGUUCACCGACGGGAAGUUGCUGGACAAGAUUGACAGAGAGACGUUGUUCAACAACUGA